CGAGUCCGUUCCCACAGUGGAGGAGAGUCGAACCCGGAGUCACUCCGCUGCCUACCGUUGCUGUUGAGGAUAUCACGCCAGAGAACAUUUUUUAAAAAAUAAAUAAAUAAAUAAAUAAAUUAAAAAAAAAAAAAAACACCUGCAAAAAUGGUUGAGAAGUUUGUCGGGACGUGGAAGAUGAUUUCCAGCGAGAACUUUGACGACUACAUGAAGGCAAUUGGUGUGGGCUUCGCGACCCGGCAGGUGGGCAACAGGACCAAACCCAACCUGGUGGUGACCGUGGACGACCAGGGGAUGGUGUGCAUGAAGACCCAGAGCACCUUCAAGACGACCGAAAUCAAGUUCAAGCUCAACGAGCCAUUUGAGGAGACCACCGCCGACGACAGGAAGACAAGGACCGUGGUGACUCUGGAGAACGGCAAACUUGUGCAGAAACAGAGCUGGGACGGCAAAGAAACAAAUAUCGAGAGGGAGGUGUCUGAUGGGAAGUUGAUAGCGAAAUGCAUAAUGGGAGACGUGGUCGCGGUGAGGAUGUACGUGAAGGAGGCAUGAUCAGCAGUCCCUCCGGCCGCCCCCACCCACCCCCCCUUCAUCGUCGUCAGACGCAUCGCAGGAUGACAGGCUCAGUUCAAUGAGCGUAAUACCAAACUAAAGUGAUGGCGUGUUCUGCUCCUCCCUUAUUCCUUAUCUUUUCGCUGUGUUGCCAAAAAUGAUAAAUUUCCGUGCCUCUGUUUCUCCAACAUGACACAUUUGGGUUCAUUUGGAAUUGUUGUGGUGAUUUGAAUAAAAAUGAGAAUUUGUUGAGAAAAAAAGA